CGAGCAUGCUCAGAAGGUUUGUCGCUUGAAAAGCGGCGUGUUCUGUGAGUGUGGAUUUUCGUCAUGGGAGCGUUUCUAGACAAGCCAAAAACGGACAAGACGACGACGUCGGGUAGUUUAGAGGGCGACCUGCGUUAUGGAGUGGCGGCAAUGCAAGGUUGGAGGGUAGAAAUGGAGGAUGCUCACACGUCAGUCGCCGGCUUGCCAGACCACGAGAAAUGGUCGUUCUUUGGUGUAUUUGACGGUCACGCCGGCUCUAAGUGCGCCGGAUACACUUCAGACCAUAUACUGAAUCACCUCAUGCGCAACAUGGAGCGCGAGAAAAGCGAAGAGGACGCCAGCAGCAGCAUCGGCAGCGGCAGCAUCGACAAAGUGAAAGAGGCCAUCAGGCAGACGUUUCUCGGUCUCGACGAGGAGAUCCAACAGACGCCGAACUGGUCGAACGGUAAGGACUUGAGCGGCACGACCGCGAUCACAUGUCUCGUCACUGAGGACCACAUCAUAUUCGCUAAUUGCGGCGACUCGAGAGGACUGCUGUGCAGACGGGGAGAGGUCGUCUUCUCGACAGAAGACCACAAACCGUAUCUAGAGCGCGAGAGAGAGCGGAUCGAGAAGGCGGGCGGAUGUGUUGUCUUGCAGCGCGUCAAUGGGUCCCUCGCAGUCUCGAGGGCUCUCGGUGAUAUCGCGUACAAGCGCCCGCAGGACAAGCCGGCCGUCGAGCAGAUUGUCUCUCCCGAACCGGACGUCGUUGAGAUGAGACGCGAAGAGGGAGACGAGUUUGUCGUCCUGGCUUGUGACGGAAUCUGGGAUGUAAUGGACAACAACGCAGUGAUGGAGUUCGUAAGACGAAAGCUUCGUGUCUGUAGUGAUUUGGAGACAAUUGCCGGGCACCUUAUCGACAAUUGCUUUCACAAGGGAAGCCGUGACAACAUGAGUGUAGUAAUAGUUACUUUCAGAGAUGCACCUACAGUCACAGAGGAGGCUCUGAAAGAGGAAGAAGAAAAUAGGAAAGAAGCGGAAAAACAAAUUGAAGAGAAACUUAAAGAAUUAGUGAAGACCAACGAGCUUGAAAAGUUGGAUGAGCAUUAUGUUAUGUCACAAUUGUGCAGUGAUUUAUCAGAGCAUCUAAACAUCUCAUCACGACGCGAUUUUGUAGUCGAAUUGCUGGAGAAGCUAAUGGCCUCGAAAACGACGUCAAAGGUGAGGGAUAAUGCAGAGAGGUCUUCUGUAGCAUUUCCUGAAUAUCUCGACCUAGCGAAUGCUGACAAGGCGACUUAGUGCCAUUAGCUAGCUAGCAGUGCAUGCAUGUGAUAUGAGAACUUAUACUCAGCUGCUUGUUCUUUUUUUGUCUGUAAUUAUGACUAUACCUGCGUAUCUAGUUGGGCCUAUGCUACUGCUAUUAUAAUAUUAUGGGAAAUCUGUUAAGUGACUGAAAUAUACGUUUUGAUUUGAGGGUCUCUUUGGACGGAAGAAGUGAUGUCACUUUUCUCGCCGCCGGUGUAUACAGCAAUGCUACUAAUGGUGGGAUGGCCGGGAGGGAUCACGUAUUUUGUACUACAGAUGGUGCUUUGGUGCCUGACAUUGAUCUGAACCUGAUGUACAGCAGUGUUCGUUCCUCUGUAGGUAGGUCUAUUUUAGUAAUGCUGCAGUGAUGUGUUUUAUACUAUAGGUUUAUCUUUCUUUGUACUGUUAGCAUAAGUGGACAAUUUUAGGACAUUGCGGGGUGGGACUUCCACAUGUAAAUCAUCCAGCUGUACUGUUGUCGCUCUGAUACGUGUACUAGAUGCAUUGCAUCGCAUUGUGUCACAGUGACUGUGAUUGUAUAUGUAUUUGUGUCACACUGUCAA